UUGCAGGUGGAUAUGUUUCCAACAGCCUUGCAAUCAUGACGGAUGCACUUCAUAUGCUUACUGACCUUAUCAGUAUUAUUCUGACUUUGCUUGCAUUGUGGUUGUCGGAAAAGUCUCCAACUAAACGUUUCACUUUUGGAUUCCACCGCUGUGGUACGUAUGUGCUUUGACAUUACCCUAGCAGAUUAAGUAAAGUUUCAGUAGGUUAAUAAAGUUAGCAGUUUAGUGGUAUUGAAAUAAUCCCUGGCUAGUAGUAAGGGGUAACCCUAAUGUUACCAAAAGCUGAACAGAGAAAGUGUAUACUAUUCCAGAUAGGCAGUUAGUAGAUAGAUAAAACUUGGCUUUUAUUAUUCUAAUUAAUUAGUUCAGAGCCCCGACGUGCGUUUCGCCAGUCAGGUGACUCUUCAAGAGCCACCUGAACGGUGAGACCCGCGUCGGGGCUCUGAACUAAUCUCACCUUGUAAAAACUACACUGAUGCUGAUCGUGAUUUUACAUAACAUUUAGUGAAUGCAGCAUGAUAACCCCCCCUACCAAGUUGUCUUUGGUUUAAUUCGAUAUUACUAGAUGGUUAGUAAGAUUUAAUUUGAUACAUGAUAGUACAGGUGCCCUCGAAUGCACAGUUUAGUUUCAGGGUUACCUGGGUAUCACUGCACUUUAUCUGAGGACUUUCUGGCUAUCUAGUCUCUCAGUAUUUUGCAGCAUUUAAAAAAAAAAAAAAAAAAAAAAAAAAUUUCUUUCUAGCCAGUUCUCUAUUUUAACAGCUUAGUCGAUUUGCCGUCCUUUUUUGUGACAUACAGAUUGCUCUGUCUCUGUAACGUGGUAUGAUUAUACCUUCAAGGCACUAUCGAGACCAAUAUUGUCACUAUAGACAUUGCUCUUUCAAAGUCGGCUAGUCUGUAUUCACUACACUGCUCUUAAUAUACUACAACUAUUGAGAUUGUUUAGAUAGCACUUUGCCACAUUGUAUCCAACUCUUGUAUACCAUUGGAUAGCACAGUGCUCUAUCUACCAUGUUAAUCCGAAAAUAAGACAGUCCCCAAAAAUAAGCCCUAGCUUAUUUUCGAAGGAUGCUCGUAAUAUAAACCCUAAUCCGAAAAUAAGCCCCAGGUGCUAAUCUAUGUUUGCUAAUAAUGGCAUGUGUACAUAACUACACCUUACUUUGUACUGUUCCGUAAGCUGAAGUGGGGGUUCUCAGACUGUCAGGAUAAUUGAAAGCAUGCUUACCCCUUUCUGUCAUGUAUCUUUCUCCAAACAUUUCCUCUUCUCUUACUCUCUUUGAAUCUGUUCUUCAUUUCAGUUCUUUUUCAUUAGGGACCACUUCAUCCAAUGUGUUUUUCCUCUGUUUGACAAAGCUUGAAAUUAGGUUGAAACUUAAGGCAAGCUCCUCUUCCUUGACACUAUAGUUACCAGAACAACUACAGCUUAAAGGACCACUAUAGUGCCAGGAAAACAUACUCUUUUUCCUGGCACUAUAGUGCCCUGAGGGUGCCCCCACCCUCAGGGUCCCUGUCCCGCUGAGCUCUAAGGGGUGGAAGGGGUUAAACUUACCUCUUUCUCCAGCGCAUUCAGCCGGUCCAUAGGAAAGCAUUCACAAUGAGACAGCCACUAGAGGCUGGAUUAAUCCUAAAAUAAACAUAGCAGUUUCUCUGAAACUGCUAUGUUUAUAGAAAAAAGGGUUAACCCUAGCUGGACCUGGCACCCAGACCACUUCAUUAAGCUGAAGUGGUGUGGGUGCCUAUAGUGGUCCUUUAAUGGAGUUCUGGUGAGCAUAGUCAGUCCCUGCAGGUAUUUCUAUACAAACGCUGUCUUUUCACAGGACUUUCCUUUAGAGAUUAAAUGCAUCUCUAUGAGGCGAUGCUGAUUGGCCUGUGUCAGAGCCACUUUAAAGGACCACUAUAGUGCCAGGAAAACAUACUCGUUUUCCUGGCACUAUAGUGCCCUGAGGGUGCCCCCACCCUCAGGGACCCCCUCCCGCACGGCUCGGGAAAGGGGUUAAAACGUACCUUUUUCCAGCGCUGGGCGGGGAGCUCUCCUCCUCCGUUCCUCCCAUUCGGCUGAAUGCGCACGCGCGGCAAGAGCUGUGCGCGCAUUCAGCCGGUCGCAUAGGAAAGCAUUUGCAAUGCUUUCCUAUGGACGCUUGCGUGCUCUCACUGUGAUUUUCACAGUGAGAAUCACGCAAGCGCCUCUAGCGGUUGUCAAUGAGACAGCCGCAAGAGGAAUUGGAGGAAGGAUUAACCCAUUUGUAAACAUAUAAAAAAAAAAAUGGGUUAAUCCUAGCUGGACCUGGCACCCAGACCACUUCAUUAAGCUGAAGUGGUCUGGGUGCCUAGAGUGGUCCUUUAACUCACAGGAGUAGGCCAUACACAAAUCUCUAGCUGUCAGAGGAUGAUGGAUGCAGUUCUCCCAUAUCUGGGUGGCCUUAAGUCACCUUCGCCGGCGCUGGGCGGGGAGUUCUCCUCCUCCGAUCCUCCUUCUCUCCUCCCCGUCGGCUGAAUGCGCACGCACGGCAAGAGCUGCGCGCGCAUUCAGCCGGUCACAUAGGAAAGCAUUCAUAAUGCUUUCCUAUGGACGCUGGCGUGCUCUCACUGUGAAAAUCACAGUGAGAAGCACGCAAGCGCCUCUAGUGGCUGUCAAUGAGACAGCCGCUAGAGGAAAUAGGGGAAGGCUUAACUCAUUCAUAAACAUAGCAGUUUCUCUGAAACUGCUAUGUUUAUUAAAAAAUGGGUUAACCCUAGAAGGACCAGGCACUCAGACCACUUCAUUAAGCUGAAGUGGUCUGGGUGCCUAGAGUGGUCCUUUAACUGUGAAAUCAUGCAUAGAAUUCAUUAGGGAAUUCCGAAUCUGAGGCCAAUAUAGCCAGACUUCAAAAUUCUACAACUGACCAUGGAAUUACCAAGGUUAGGCCAAAGUUAGAGAAUUGGCAUAACUCCCCAUCUCCUCUUAUGUCCAACUUGGCUAUUUUGGUCUACAAUGUGAAAUACACUGGCACUUGCAGGGAAAUCCAAAUUUAGUAAAUAACUCCAUAUGUAUAAAAUGUGUAAUCUAAAAAAAGAUAAGGGUCUGGUCAAGGAGAGGCCCAAAUCACCAUAGCUUGAGUUUGUGGCAUUUGUGGUUAUGGUAAUCUAUUCUAAAUGUCAUUUUCAUUUUCUGUUGCAGAGGUCAUGUCCGCCAUUAUCAGCAUGAUGCUGGUGUAUGUGCUUACAGGUAUCUUGUUAUAUGAAGCAAUUCAGCGUACUAUUCACAUGGAUUAUACCAUUAAUGGAGAUGUGAUGCUAAUAACAGCAGCCGUGGGUGUUGCUGUGAACCUCAUGUAAGUUACAAUUAACUGAAAUAAUUCAUAGAAAUGGGUAACAGUUAUAAUAUAUAUAUAUAUAUAUAUAUAUAUCUCUAUCUAUCUCCAAAUAGGUAGCUGCACUCACGGUUAAUAAAAAGUCAAAAUUUUAUUGCAAAAAGGUUAAAAAAAACAGCGAUCAACGUUUCAGUCCUAUAAGGACUUUCUUCAGGAUCAAAAUUAAACAUAUAUAAAAAAAGAUACUUAUUUGCGUGCAUGCAUGCAUGCAUACAGGACUUAACAUGUAAAGUCUUAUGCCACUAGCCAGGCCUUAAACAUUACUUGCCAAUGCAACUCAUAGCAUACCCACCAGUGGUGAAUUUCUGCUGGGAUUGGACAAAAGUUGACAGUGGAGCUCCACCUUUUAUCAACAUUAUUAUAUAAUGAUUGCAACAGAACAGCUUUAAAUGCAUUGGGAAAAACUUCUCCAAGCUUAUGGGUUUUUCUACUUAUGAGAAAAAGUAGGGCAUGGCACAAAAAUGUUGGCAUCAACACAAUGCAAAUAGCAGUUAACGAUUAAUUUAACUUUUCAAACUGGUAAACCCUGAAAAGAAACGUUUAACUACCAGCACAGUUCUUCUCAGAGAUCUUGUUUGAUCAUGUCUUUUUUUUUUAGGCAGACCAUAGAACAGGGCUCGGCUAAACACAAUUUACACAUACAAAAGAUGACGAGGGCCCUGCCCGUGAGCUGCCCAUGAAGCAGAAAUACAACUUGAUGUGUCUUAUGAUGACCAUUCUCAGCCGGAACUGUGUGUUUUAACUGCAAGUUUUGCCAUAUGCUAAUCCAAUCUUUUUAAAUAGUUUACUCAUUUUCUGGAAAAGGGAAAUUAAAGUUAGGUAUUAGGUAAUUCAUGGUUGUUGUACAAUAUAUUCCAGGGGUAUUUGCACAGGAUUGUGAAACGGCAAUCACACCCAAUGUGUGUCUUCAUGAUUACAGUGAUUCCCCACAGUUAUCAGUCAGGAGAAGCAUAACGUUCUUAACCCCUUAAGGACCAAACUUCUGGAAUAAAAGGGAACCGUGACAUGUCACACAUGUCAUGUGUCCUUAAGGGGUUAAAAAGCUUUGGUGGCACAAUUGCUGCAAGAAAAGUGUUAACAUACAUUGCAUUAUCUGGUUUUGAAAAGAAUAUGCUUUUAUGGGGUUAAUUUUAAUGAGUAGGCUGCUAUACUGCCUGUCUUGGCAUGGGACCCAAAAUUUGCUUUAUUGUAACAUGGUCAGCAGGCCAGGAUAACAAUAAAACACAAUAUGAACACUUAGAAAGGAUCUUGUUCAGCAUUCUGUGUUUCACACACCAGGGGCCUGACAGCACGUUCUGUGUUUAUUCACUGUGAAUAAAUUCUCUUUCAAUCUCCUCCCUCCUGCAUUCAAAUUUGUAUAGAAACCUUCAAACCCGACCCCUUGUUGUGAAUCUCUCUUUGCUGUCCCUGUUUAAGAUCACUAACCAAACUAACUUGUAUAUGAUACGUAAGUGCCUCUCCCACCUCUCUUUAAUGGAUCUUAUAGAUGCCAUUUUAAAAGGAACAUUAUAGUGUUUGGAAUAACAUGUAUGUGAUGCUCCGCUAUCAAGUGCGACUCUGCUUCACUCAUUAGAGCUGACAACACUAGACUGACACUGGUGAAAACCGUUCUUAAACAGUUUGACUACUUUCUUUGGGGGGCUGCCAGGGCAUUCCUGCAAUGAUAAUUACUACAGUGAAGAUCGAAAAUGUUUGUUUUGAUUAAAAUGCUUAAAGGGACACCACGGGGCUUGACUGCCAAGGAAGCCAGACUUGCUUUGCAAGAGCUCCUGCAUCUGGCCCUGAUAAAUCGUGAUUUACACCUGGGCCACCCAUUAAUCAGACCGCAAUAAGCACUCAUCUUGUCAAGGGGUCUUCUGUGCACCGAAGGAUACCCAUUGUGAGCCUGCCUGGCCUCGGCACAUCCUGAUUGUGGCUUGCGGCCUACAGAAGCCGGAGGGGGUUAUCCUGGUAUCCGCUGACUGACGCCUCUAUCGACUAUACAUAACUACCACCCCACAACUCUUGAUCGCGGCUGACUCACCUAAGAAGGUGGACAUGCUUCUGCUCCACCAGUCUGGUCUGAAACAGCCCAUUGAGACACGAUGAGGCGCUGCUGAAUACAUGCAGGAGCGCUUGGAUGCGAUCUUCGCUGGCUUCUGGGCCAAAUUGGAGGCUCGUAUUAGAGCGACACCUAAUCAAUCUUCUGAGGGAUAGCACCCCAAAGAGCUACCCUACACACCUGCUGAAGGCCAAGCGGUUUCCGGGGUCAUCCUGUUACACGACACGGCAUGUAAAAAGCACCAUAGAACAUUAUCAAUUGUUGUAUGUGGAGCUAACCCAUUUCGUUAGUUGUACUAUCAUGUAGGGAUUUACUUAUCCAUAUCUUUUAACUAUUGACAGCACUGGUUUAGCAGUAGUCUUAUCUCCCCCCCUCUUGUUACAGCUAUUAGUGAUAUAUAAUACAGUAUCACUUCUAUUAUUUGGACAUACACUGAUGUUAUAUUGUAGCAAACAGUAUGCUUUUAUGUAUACUCUUUUACAGCUUAUAUAAGUAGUCACAGAGUUUUACUUGCUGUAUAGUCUCCACCCAUUCCUGCUGUUCAUAUUAUUUUUCAUAUUAUUUUAGAUUUAUUUAUUAAAAGUUACUUUUUAAGACUAUAAUCUUUUCAGCAAAUCAUACACCGGUAGAAUGGCAUUUUUUUUUUCAUUUUUUUGUUUAUUCUCUAUGACACUAUAGUGUUCUUUAAUUAGUAAUAUGUUGUGAUAAUUGGUAAAACCACAUUAAAAUCCUCUGCCUAUGAUGUAAUCCCAGAAUUGGAGUAAGUAUAGUUGCUUUUCACUUUAAUUAUCUUGAGAAUAGUGUGAAUGACAGGGAUUCAACAAACCUGGAAGCAUGGAACAAGGAUUUUGAUCCAUACUGUCUCGGAAGCAUAAUUUAGUAGUUCACACUGCAGACCUCUAUUUUUUACCUCAUCCCCAAAAGCACUUUACUGUAUGAAGUUUAAGAACUUGCAGGUUAUUAGAGUUGUAAGGAAUUACAGUAGUUGUUGUUGUGAAACCAUCUCGAGAUGAUGGUGCAUUGUCCUGCUGGAACUCUCUAUUGGAAAAAAUUGGCAUGGGGCUAAGAAACCAGGCAACAUUUUAAUUAGCAACACCCACAGACACUCACCUGCUUAGUUUGCCUUACCUUCAUACACUCAUUUAUAGGGACACUACAGUCACCAGAACAACUACAGCUUAAUGGAGUUGUUCUGGUGUCUAUCACUUGUCUUUGUAGGCAUUUUAAUGUAAACCCUGCCUUUUCACAGACUACCUUAUGAUGACCCUUCUCAGCUGGGACUGUGUUUUAUUAACUGCAAGUUUCAUAGAAGAGGCAAUGUUUACAGUCACGAUCACUCAGACAGCCACUAGAGGUGCUUGCUGGGAGACAUUGGGAGACGCUCAGCAUGGAGACAUUGAACUUACCCCAUAGAGAUGAUCUCUGUGAGGAGAUGCUGAUUGGCCAGUGUGGUGUUUGGCUCUACUUCCCACCCUGCCAUCUUGACCGAGAUCAACAGAAUUGACGAUCUAAGCAAAUCCAAUGCUUUUAUGGAUUGGCUGAGUGUGUCAAUUCUCAUGAGGUCAUCUAAAAAGGCGGAUCAGGAGCGGAGCCAAGACCAGUGGAACCACACAGUGUAGGAAUAAAGAUAAAUUUUUACUCUAUUUAAGGGGCAGCCACCUAAAUAGAGGUUUUUAACACUAUAGGGUCAGGAAUACACGUUCGUACUCCUGACACUAUACUGUUCCUUUAAUAUGUUAUCUCUAACUCGUACUUGAUUAACCACACUUACAUCUUAGACUGCCCUGGCCAAGACCUGGCUAGAAUUUAAUGCCAACAAACUAAUUGCCAUAAUUCAGUGAUUGCGUGUGCCUCUUCAUUGCAUAUGUCUUUCCGAAAACGUUUGACGUGUGCAGUUUACUGGGUUGAGUUUAAACAGAGCUGACCAACAAAAAUUUGUUUAUUACUCAAUAAAUUCUUCUGUUGAGUUACUGAAGUCCCAUGACUGUUAUAUUUUUCCUUUAUUGUUUUAAAUAUUCUGCAUUUUGUGGCAAGUGUAUAAAUGACCUAGGUAUUUCUUUGCUUGUUGUUUUUUAUCUCUAACUUCUGCCUCCAUCACCAUACUGACCAUAUUAUUUCAUUGUUUACAGAAUGGGCGUUUUGUUAAAUCAAGCAGGACAUCUUCAUUCCCAUUCUCACAGUCCCACGGUUCAGACUCACAGCCACCAAAGCCAUAGUCACAGCCACAGUGGUGGCAGCCUGGCAGUACGAGCUGCAUUUGUGCAUGCGCUCGGAGAUCUUGCUCAAAGUGUUGGCGUACUUAUAGCUGCUUACAUAAUUAGAUUCAAGGUAAGAAUACCUUUCCUGUAGAAGGUACUCCCAUUAAUUAUUUACCAAACUCUUCACUAGAUCAGAGCCACAAACCCAUCAGAAUUGGAAAUUGUGUAUUCUCAACUGUGUUGUGCUCAAAAGAAAGACGAAUAAUAGAGUAGUAAAACUAAGCUUAUCAUACUGUACAAGAUAUGAUGUGUACUUUUACAGAUCUAUGGUGUGCACUUUUUGUCUCUCUCUUUGUGUUUCUUCUUUAGUGACAUAUAACAACAUAGAAUGUGAUGGCACAAAACUACCACAACAAGAGGACAUAGUCUUAAAUUAGAGGGGCAAAAGUUAAAAAAUAUCAGGAAGUAUUACUUUACUGAGAGGGUAGUGGAUGCAUGGAAUAGCCUUCCAGCUGAAGUGGUAGAGGUUAACACAGUAAAAGAGUUUAAGCAUGCGUGGGAUAGGCAUACGGCUAUCCUAACUAUAUGUUAAGGCCAGGGACUAAUGAAAGUAUUUAGAAAAUUGGGCAGACUCGAUGGGCCGAAUGGUUCUUAUCUGCUGUCACAUUCAAUGUCUACUGCACCACCCUGAUCUAUUAUUUUAGUUACCUAAUCAAAAAAAUCAAUAAGAUUAGUUUGGCAUGAUAUCUCUGAUGUAAACCCAUGUUGUCUCUGAUCUUGAAAUCCAUGCGAUUUUUAGAUGUUCAACAAUCCGAUACUUUAACAUGGUUUCCAUUACUUUCAAAAUCAGGAUUAUUCAUUAAAGUGAAACUAUAGUCACUUAAUGUAGUUGUUCUGGUGAGUAUAGUCUGUCCCUGCAGGCAGUUUCAUGCAAACACUGUUUUCUUUCACAAAAAGGCAGUGUUUACACUCCUCAGGUGGCCACAUUGUGCAGCACUGCCAUUUAGCGCCUCUACCCUCUGCAUUGAGAUAUUGAGUUUUCCUCAUAGAGAUGUAUUGGUUCAUCUUGAAUUUUUAUUCACACCAUAACCUCCAUAUAUCUACUCAUCCAAUGGCAUUGUGAGUACUUUUUUAAUUUAGUUUUUUUUCCUGCUGUAUACUUUGAGCAAGCACCACUUUGGUAAUUUUACAGUAACAUAUCUUGCCCCUAUUUUUUUUUUAUUAUUUUUUUUAUCAGUCUGCCUGCCUGUCUGUAGCUGUACCAUGGUGUUGAUCUCCCUAACUCACUUGCAGCCUAACCAUAUCAUUCCAUCUUAAAAAUGGUCAUCAUCCCUUUUUAUUAUGCAGUGCAGCAGUGGGUUGCACUCUACAAAUAAUCAUCAGAAAAUGUUUAGAAAAUUAUUCUGUAUUUGUUGUUUUUCUAAAGGUCAAAUUAAUCUAAAAGAACUAAAAAAAUCCACACUUUAAAUUAAAAGGUUCCUAUAGAAUGUGUCAAAUGUCUUGUUUGAAUGAAUUUGUCUAUAUGCACAUAUCACACCAUGUUUGUUGCUUCUUCUUGGAACGGCGUGAAGUAGUCCACAAUAUACUGUAUGUUUUAGAUCUAUGGGCCUUUCCAACAUUGUCAGGAAAAGCAUGGGACUCAUUGCCUGUUUGCAUUACAAGGUAUCACAUAUGCCUUAUUUGAAUUGCUUUCUGACAAAGAAGGUUUUUGUUUUGGUAAAAAACCUAACAUACAGAUGAUUGAGAAAGAAAAACCCUAAAGAUUACCAUAAGAGCAUUUCCCCUCCCCCCCGACAACAAGUAAGGGAAAAAAACAAAAGUAUCCUAAAAGUAGCAAAGCAAAAGAAAGUUCUGACUCGAAAUUAGUAUUGAAUGAAUGAAAGAAUAAAUGGUUCCAGAGGAAAUCAUCAGUUUGGGCCAGAGAAGGGAAACAGGUGAUUCAACAGAAAUGUAAAAUAUCUUAGAGGCCUUAAAGGGGAUCUGUCACUUUGCAGGAUCUUUAUUACUAUGUCUACGUAUCCCUAUAGUUACUAAUAUGUAUUUGUGAGAUGUCUGAAAUAACAUGAAAUGCAGAAAUCCUCACCUAUUUAUCCUGUAACUGUGUGCCCCUGUCAGUCACUGUUAGCUCAGUCCUUUUGCGCUUGGCAGUCAGCAUACAGAGAAGAGGAGAAAUUAAACAAUGUUUCUGUUCUUCUUUGCAAAAUAUGUGCCGGGCCUGAACUGGAUUGUGAUGAAUUCUACUAAAUCUUUAAUAUAGGUUUAAAAGAAAACAGAACAUUACAAUUAAGAUAUUUUGCAAUAUUUUUGUUUUGAAUGGUGGUCCUCCUUUAACAAAGCAAAAAAGGGCUAUUUUUUUUGUAUUAUUAUUAUCAUUACUAUUAUUGAUAUUUAUAUAGCGCCAGCAUAUUCCGUAGCGCUUUACAAUAUUUGAGAAAAUUACAAAGACUUACAGGAACAAUAGGUUGAAGAGGACCCUGCUCAAAUAAGCUUACAGUCUAUAGGAGGUGGGGCUUAAAACACAACAGGACAGGAAAUAGCAAUCAAACAAGGUGAGAGUGAAGCAGAGCUGGAGGAGAGAGGAGAAGCCAGACUGAAGUGGGUCAAGGAGAGGGUUUGAAUUGAGGAAGCAAGUCAGACGAGUAAAGACCAGUCUUUCCAGAAGUUUUGAGGAAAAAGGGAGCAGGGAUAUGGGACAAUAGCUAGAAGGGGAGGAAGGGUCAAAAGAUGGUGUUUUUUUUUUUUUUUUUUUUUUUAAGAUGGCACAAGGGGAGAGAGAUCUGAUAAGGUGAGACUGUACAGGAUCAAGUGGGCAAGUGGAAGGUCGAGAGAAAAGGAGAAGUGCAGCCACCUUGUUCAGUAGCCUGUGAGUAAAAGGUAAGGAAAGGCAUGACCUAGGUGUGGUUGAGAAAGAGAGGGGCAAGGUGGGGAGAAUUCUUCCCUUAGUUGUUCAGUCUUGUCGGUAAAGUAGCAUGCAAAGCUAUCGGCUGUAAGGUUAGUUUGGGGGGUGGCCACAGUAGGGCAAAGAAGGGAGUAAAAGGUAUUUAAAAGACGCAUGGGAUUGCGGGAGCAUGAGCUAAUGAGGGAGGAAAAGUAUGACUGUUUGGCAAGGGCUAUGAUGUAUGAACACAACAUGAAUUUGUAGUGGAGGAAGUCAGACUGGGUGCGUGACUUCCUCCAGCAGCGUUCAGCAGAACGGGAGCAUCUCUGCAGGUAGUGUUUUGGUUUAGUGUGCCACGGUUGGGGGCAUGUUCUCAUCAAGGUGCAUGUUUGGGGCGGGGCUGCAGCAUCCAGGGCAGAGGUGAGGGUAGUUUAUAUGAGAAGAUGGCCAGUGAGGGACAGGAGAAAGUAGGUAUGGAUAGACGUUGGGAAUAAAUAUUAGCUGAUAACUGCUGGAGGUCCAUAUAAUUCAGAUCAUUUGUAGAUAGUUAAUUGUGCAUAAUCUGAAAAGAGAGGGGUGAACAUUUUAAGAGUAGCGUAAGGAUUUUUUUUUUUUUUUUUUGAAGGAUCUGUUAGGAACCUCUUUUGUGUAACACACAUCAGUGUUUCUCAACUUUUUAUCGAGAAAUACCUCUGCAGUUGUAAAAAUAAUUCCUAAGAUCCCCUGCCUAGAGAAUGUAAUUACGAUUAAUUUAAAUUGCGCGCAUACGAAUAUUUAAAUUAAUCCCAUAUUGUGUAACAAGCCGAAUUAAAAUUAGUAAAGAAUAUUUUAAAACUAAAUAUAACAUAACGUAAAUAUUGUAUAUGUAAGGAGGAGUUUAUGAUCUAUUAAUCUGAAGUAUAAAAGUCACAAAAUGAAAAUAUUACACACAUUGUUAAACAUGGACGCACACAUUUACACACAGAGGACGCUGACACACACUCACAAAUUAUUAUUAUAAAUAUUUUUAUUUAAGUCCACUCAGCCUCCCUACCUUUGGGAGAGCUGGAGCGGAUCCUUUCCUUGGAGUCUAGUGUGGCUGUUAUCAUCUUCAUUGUCUUCUUGCUUUGCUCCCUUGUGAGCUGUUUAGUGAUGCCGGAGUAUUGUCAUAACUUGGCUUCCAGCAUCACCGUAAGUGUACUGUGCGCGCGAGUGGAAGAUCAGAUAUUACAACUCCCUCACCAUUCAGUUAUAGCCUUCCCAUGGACACUGUAUUUGGGCAGAGUAGGCACUUGUAAUCUGGCUCCAGGGAGGUCCCUAAGGUGGCUGUUAAAGGCAUAUCCCCUGCUGUUGGUGCAUGUACCCCAUGGGUUACCCACACCAUAGGUGGAGAAACCAGGACACACAUUGACACACUCAACAGUCAUGAUAAUACAAAUAAUGACUUAAGUUUGUUACAUCAGAAAUAUGCUAACUAGAUGGACCCUUAUCUACUGUCAGCAUUGACGUUUAUAUAUGACAUAGUGCGUGACAUUCUAAAGCCACAAAAUGCUGAUAUUCUGCCGAUCUAGAUUACAUUGAUAUUUUCUGUUUCAAAGAUACUUGCUCACAUGUACAUCUAUUUACAUGCAAAGAACAUUUGGCUCAGCCUUGUGUUAUUUUGUUAUAUUGCAGUACUAAUUUAGCUCAUUGUUUUGUCUUUCAGCCAGAGUACAAGCUUGCCGACCCAAUCUGUACAUAUGUAUUUUCUAUACUUGUCGUUAUUACUACUUUGAGGCUAAUACACGAUACAUUUCUCAUACUACUUGAAGGUAAUGCUUGUUUGCAGAUUCAAAUUUUGCUCCUGAAAUGUUUUAUUCUGAAUACUCGUCCAUUCUCUUUCUAUAUAGGUAUCAGUGCAUAUUUCUGGUCCUAAUUGCCACUGACUACAUUUUUGGGGGCUAUUCUCUAAAUAAGAAAACAUUGGCAAUUGACUAGGAAAUAGUAAACAAUGAACCAAAAUAUCUGUAUAUGAGAAUUUUCCCAGCAUGGCUAUUUUGACCUAGUAUGUAGAAACCCCCUUAAAAUGCACUGUUAUUUCAAUAUUGUAGGUGUGGAAAUGUAUGUAUUGAAAGGUCUGUUUUAUGAGCAGCAAAUGGAUAUAUUAAAAUAUUAAAGGCUCUAAGCACCAAUCAACUGCAUCUUAAUUUAGUGGUUUUGGUGCAUAGACCCUUUCCUUUUUCUUUGUUUCAUAAAAUGUUUGUCUUUAGUGGCUGUCAGACAGACAGACAACCCACCAUGGGCUCUUCUACACAAAGACUGUGUAUAACACAUAAUGAUGCUAAAUGCAUUCAGUGUGUUGAAUUCUGUGUUUCUCAAUGAGAAGCAAAUGGUGUUUUGCAAUGCAUGUGCUGUAAGUAUUAAGUGCAUUAGAUUGGGCCAAGAUCUUCAGUGUUAAUAAUUACAUUGAGGGGUGGGAGCAGCUGCUGUGAGGAUAUUAUUGCAGUGCUAGUUUACAGGUUAGAUGUAUGGCUUUUUUUUGUUUGAAUUACAACUGGGAUGGGAAGAACACACUAAUUUAUCUAUUUUUUUUUAAAGUGCUCCUUUAAAGGAACACUGCAGUGUUGAGAAUCCUAUACCCCUGUAUAGUGCCCUAGUCCUUAUUUAGAAUAAACCCCCUCACCCACCCAAACAUUUUUCCAGCACUGACACUCCAUGUUCAGAUCCAAAAGGAACAUUGUGGAUAUUAUGCGUAGCAAGCACCGCAUGCAUCCAUUCAAGUGCUUCAUAUAUGAAAGCAUCAAAUGUAUUGCUUUCCUAAGAGCUGCAUUUAAAGAUGUCACCAUCCUCAUGGACUUCGAACGUCACAUGACCAGGUUUCACUUGGGUGUUGCCUCAUUCGCUUCUUGCGACUGUCUACAAAAUACCAGCAAUUUACAUUAAAACAACAGGGCGGCUACUGCUCUCAAACUACUCCAUUAAGAUAAAGCGGUUGGGGCACAUUGAGUAGUAAUUUAAAGAUUAUACUCUGUUUACAGUAGGUGUGUUGAGUGAAAGUCAUGCAUGCCACAGUACAUGCAACUGCAUAUAGAGUAUUCUGGCAUUGAAUUGCAAAUAUUAGGUAACAUAUGGUAAACAAAAUUGUAGCAGCAUUUAGUGCAUAUUCCCCUUCACAUAUUAUGGCAAAUACAAAAAGUAAAAUUAUAUCAAAUAGUCUCAAUGUCAGUUUUGUCUUUAAAAAAAGUAUCUCCAGUAGAGAGGGUAUAAUAAUAAUAGUAGCACAGUGUCCUGACCUGUAUAUUGUGGUUUCUGUAUCCGAUCCAAUGGAAACUGUGUCCACCUUAGAGAUUAGUAAAACCCUGAUGUAGUGUAACACUGUUACUUUAUUUAACUCUCUAUUUUAUCCCUUUUAGGAACUCUUACACAAAGUAAUGGUGUUGCUUGUCUCCAAGGACCACAAAAAAAGGGAUUAGGUGCAGUACAGCACAGUAGUCUUUAAAGGGUUACCAUCUGUUGGUGCAGUGUUUCAAGCCGCUCCUGUGCACUUGAGCCGGGACAAAUCAUUGGCACCUCGGAAGGAUGCCGACUUCUGUUACCACUGAACCUGCUCCUACAAUAGUUAAAAGGGACACUAUAGUCACCAGAACAGCUACAGCUUAUUGCAUUUGUUUUGGUGAGUAGAGUCAGGCUUCAGGCUUUUUGCUGUAAACACUUUUUAGUGUCUUUUCAGAAAAAAUGCAGUGUUUACAUUACAGCCUCGUGAUACCUCCACUGGCUACUCCUCAGAUGGCUACUAGAGGUGCUUCCUUGAUCAGUCAUGCCUAGUGUACAGCACUGCCAUUCAGUGUCUCCACCCUCUGCAUGCAAACACUGAACUUUCAUCAUUGAGUCAAUUUAUCUCUAUGAGGAGAUGCUGAUUGGCCAGGGCUGUGUUUGACUUGGGUUGACUCUGCCCCUGAUCUGCCUCCUUGUCAGUUUCUGCCAAUCCUAUGGGGAAGCAUUGUGGUUGGCUCAGACCACCACUUCUGAUGAUGUCAGCAUACAGGCAGUUCAUAUGCAAACGGGGCAGAGGUAGCAGCUGCAGACUUUAAUACAAGUAAGAUUAUACUAUAUUUAGGGUGGCAAGAGGGGACAGGGGGGCUAGAUGGUGGUUUUAACACUACAGGGUCAGAAAUAUGUUUGUUUUGCUGACCCUAUAGUGCUCCUUUAAGCAGUCUGUAGAAUCAGUUGAGGGACUCUGACUGUUUUCUGCUUUCCUGCCUUGCUUGCUUCUGGCUAUGUGAUAAAAGCAGCAGCGUUUAGCAAUUUAUAUCAUCUGGGCUAGGUCACUAAAUGUUAGGUCACUGAGGCUGCAUAACACACAAACUUCCAUUCAAAGUGCACCUAAUGCCUUUUUUGUGGUCCUUGGAGACAAGCCACCACCCUUACUUUCUGUAAGAGUUCCUAAAAGGGAUAAAAUAGAGGGUUAAAUAAAGUAACUGUGUUUCUCUGAUCUCUACAGUGGACACAUAGUUUCCAUUGGAUCUGAUAAGAGUGAAUAUACAGGACAGUGUGCUAUUAUUAUUAUUAUACCCUCUCUACUGGAGAUAUCCUUUUUUAAGACAAAACUGACAUUAAGACUCACUAUUUGAUCUAAUUAUACUUUGUGUAUUUCCUAUAUGUGAAUGGGAAUAUUCACUUAUCGCUGCUACUAUUUUGUUUACCAUUUUAAAACUUUUUGAAACUUGAAGUUUUUAUUGUCUCUAGCUGCUAUUUAUUUUUUUAGUAUUGGUUUUAUAUGCAAAGAUUUUAUUUUUUUAUUUUUUUAAAUUGCACUCAGUGCUUGUUCUAAGUAUUGGGUAAUGGCAUAAAUAGUGCAUUAUAUUAUACCAGUGCUUAAAGUUUUAAUUACUAUGCUAUUAGUCAGGCCUUAAGUUACUUGAACUGCAAACAUUUACUUGAGCUGCAAACAUAGAAUGUUCACCUGCCAAGGGCUAGCUGUGAGUGGAAAUCUUGAACCUUCCAUUAUAUUUUAGGGCUAUUUUACUGUGUGUUGUAUUUGUUCUAUAAUUAUUAUAUUCUGUGCAUAACUCUUAUAAAAAUUCAUGCAGCUGUCAGAAUAUAUUGGCUUACAUCAAAGGGUCAAAUCCAUUAAUGGGGAGGGUAAUCUUGCAGAUCAAUUCAAGACUCCUAUUAAUUUGCAUCUGUGUUUCAUCAUAUAUACAUAUGAUUCAUUUGUUACAUGUGUUCAUUGGGAGCAUCCACAAUUUAAACUUUAGAGGUGGACAUGACACUACCCUUUUAAAUACAUUAUAGAGAUAACAUCGUGGACAUUGUUUUGACUUGGAGAGUUGUGUGCUGACUUGCUCAGCAGAGAUUUGGCAGGUCAUGAUACAUUUCUAAAUAAUCUAGGAGCCUGUUCCAAAAAUUAGAAGCCAGAAAACAAAAUGGCUUACAAGCAUAGUUAAUCAUGGUUCUCUACCUCUCACACACACACACACACACACACACGCAUAACUUGCCACUUACGCAAUACCUAAUUAUCUACACAUUAUUACGUGUACACAAACACUUGCAUAACUAACUAGUUUAGCAACAAAAAGGCAGAUUCUCAUCACCAUUUCUUUCUCCCUGGAAUUGUGGAUUUAUGUAGGUUUAUGGAUAUGUAGUUCAGCAGUUGAGAUUUCAUUCAUGACAAGACAAGAAUGAAACUACUAAAGCUAUUAAAUCAGUUGGAAAGGGAGCUCCUGUUGCCAUGGCAUAGGACUACUACAGUGCUGGUUACCUAGACUUAAUUUGCUUCUUUUCUCAUGUUUCUUGAAAUACUGCAGGAGUUCCAAGGCACCUAAAUGUGGAUCUUAUCAAAGAUGACUUAAUGAAGAUAGAGGACGUGUAUUCAGUUGAAGAUAUUAAUGUCUGGUCUCUCACCACAGGAAAAUCAACCGCCAUCAUUCGUUUACAACUAAGUAUGUUAUGGAAUCAGUGAACACUUGUUUUGUUUUUUUUACUGUAUAUGUGUAACUUGUGUAAUGGCUGGGCUUUUUGUUAACCAUAACCCCUUAAAGACCAGUGGCAAUACAUGGCUUCAUCUUAGUCCUGCGUAGGGACUAUGACGACAUGGAAAAUACUUCUUAUUAAUCAGCAACUUUUAUUGGGCCUGAAUGUUAUUUAUUGGAUAGUCUUGAAGAACCAGAUAACAAUGUAGACUAUUACUGCCCCUAACAGGUUGAAGUAACACUCCAGGCAUCAAUGCUGCACAGUUUGUUUUUGACUUAAAUAAUUUUUUUGUGUUCUUAAAUUUGCAAGGUGUUUACCAUCUCUUCCAUUCUAAAAUACUUUUUUGUGGUUACAGUAUUUUAAAAUGGAUUAUGUAAUUUCUAGUGUAUUUCAUGCUGUUUGCUUGUUGUUGGGAUGUAAAAUAUAAAGAUCCCUAUAAAAUCUUUGAGACACUAUAGUCGCCAUAAAAACUUUACCUUAAUAAAGUAGUUUUGAUGGGUAGAUCAUGCAUCUGAAGUCUCACUGCUAUUUAGGAGUUAAAUCUUUUUUGUUUGCUUGUUUAUGUCCAUGAAGCCCUAGCUACACCUCCCCUGGCACAUCCUGCAUGUAAAAAAAAAUUCAAAAAAAAAUUCAUUUUCAAUCAGAUGUUAACUUACUUUAAAUGUUUUUAUCUCCUGCUCUGUAAAUUGAACUUAAUCAUAUACAGGAGGCUCCUAUUUCUAGCAAGCUGUUAGUGCAGAAGAUAAAUUCUCAAUUAAACAGAAUUUGCAAUAAAGGAAGUAUAAACAUUAGAUGACAUAUUUACAGGCAGUGUUUAGGAAGGCUGUGUGCCUAUGGCUGUAUAAACAAAGUAAUUUAACUUUUAAAUUAAAGAAUUAAGGAGUGAGACUGCAGGGCACAUCCUCUAUACAACAAAAUGGCUCAAUUAAGCUAAAGUUGUUCUGGUGACUAUAGUGUCCCUUUAAGUGGGAUUUUACCGUUUUCAGAAUAGGUAAGAAAUGGGUAAAAUCCCCCUCCCCCAAAUUUUGCCUAACUACACCACCCUUAGUUCUCUGGCCAUUUAUUGUUUUCAGAGUAUUCUGGGAGUUGUAGGCCAUCAUCUUCUGGGGUGGGAUUGCAGAGUUUAAGAUCCCUGAUUUAGAGCCACAACAUGCUUCGUUUUGGUUAGGAACCAGUUUGGCUACAUAUACCGUUUACUGUCUGAAUUAAUAUUACACUUUAUUUAUCCAAGUGAAGAUAAUCAAGCCUAACCAGACAAUAGUACUAUACGUAACUACAAGGUCUACUACAGCCCUACAGUAAUUCCCAAAAUCUGUCCUUCCUCCCAGGCUGUUAUAAAUGCAACCUUCCCCAAACUCUGGCCCUGUUUCUGAACUACAGCUUCCAUGAUUCUAUGAAUGAAAUAGGCUGAGAAUCAUGAGAGUUGUAGUUCAGCAACAUCUGGAGUUGGGGGAAGCCUGCUGUAAUGGGUGAACUUAUUGGUGAGUUUCAGUACAGGAUAUGAGGGAAAAAAUGGAGCAAUAUUUCCGUUCCUCUGCCUGUUCCUGAAGACCUGAAUGCAGUUCCAUAUUUAUUUCUCCACUGGGUAAGGACCAGCACUGGGAGGAAGGAUAAGAUAACAGAUCUAAACUUUAUUUGUAAAACAAAACAUAGGUUGUACAUACACGGGAUUGGGAGAGAAGAGUUUAAGCUGAGGCAGUAUUGGAGUAGAAAUUUCCUCACCUAAUUUUUAUAAACAUAAUUUGGCCACACUCAUUGAAAAAUCACACUUUCCUAAGUUAUUCACUGCCUGCCAAUGUUUUUUUUUUCCUAAUACUUUUUUUAUGAGUGUAUAUUGUUUCAGAACUGUUGGCAGAGAUGUAGAAAAAAGGGGGGGUAUAGGAUGUGCAAAAUAUUUCUUCCAACUCUGGGGGGGGGGGCCAUGCAUGGAAGACUUUCUGAAAGCAAUUUGGCUGUAGAAAUGAUCUCUUAAAUAAUUGGUACCAUCUGUAUUUUACUUCUCAGGUCCUAGUUCCUCAGCAAAGUGGGAGGAAGUACAGCGCAAAGCAAGGCACGUACUACUGAACACACACAAAAUGUACAAGUGUUUUAUCCAAAUGCAAAGUUAUAGGCAAGAGGAGACCUCUAUUUGUACUAAUUGCUCCAAUGCCUGAGUCCCAUGGAUUCUGCCUUACCACUGACAGCCCAAGUCUGGACGACAACAAAAGCAAUAUGUGUUAAUCUUUUAUUACGAUUAUGGUGCAGUCACUGGUGGUUGCAUCAUAUAUCUUUAAAAGGAGCCUUGUUUUAUAACAAACUGUGAUACUUAUGGUGUAUCCGAAGAAACGACAGAAUUCCAGUGAGCAUUUUUUGACCGAUUUUCUAAAGUGUUGUUUACAGACUAAAAGCAAGUUUGCACAUAGUUCUUAAUUGGGGAUAUGAUAGUAUAGCACAUUUGUCAGGAUCCGAAUUAUAUUAUUUUGAUUUAUAAUAAAAAAGGUGACUGCAAAAAUGGACAUUAGAGCCUUCAGCCUUGCAUAGCUCUUUUAGUCAUGACCAAUGAGAGGCCUAAUUGUUUGUAAUUCUGUACACAAUUCACGGAUGGUCAAAGUCUAAAUUGCCUUACUGCAUCUGAAAGGUUUACAGUCUUGUUAAACUGUUUACUGCCUUUUCUGUUGUAGUUUAAACCAAGUACUAAAUCAUUCCUGUGUAUGAAUAUUAACCAGGGAGGGUCUCCAUAAAAUCUCACCCCGUCAGUACGGAGCAAAACUGCAAACCUCUGUUUAUGCUGCUAACAUAUCAUGUAUUGAAAUGAUUGAUGACUCACUUGUCAUUGUGUUGCUUAGCUUAGAUCCAUUUACUCACGCUUCACAAGCUGCCCAAAUGAAUGACUUUUUGUAUUGUAAUGAUUUACAAGUUUUAUAUUGGCUUUGUAUAUUGCUUGCUGAAAACCAUAAGCUUGUUGAUGAAGUUCAAAGAGUAACCCUUAUCAGUGAUAUCGCCUGUUGCACUUUUCCAUUGCUGUUGAUCCUUCCAGAAGUAUAUUUACAGUGUUUAAUCCAUUAUUUGUGCCAGUUAUGAGUAUUCAGAAAACUAAUUAGAAACAGAAUGCUCCCACUCCAUUAAGCACAAACAUUAAUGAAGGUCCUAGUCUGAAUUUUAAUUCAUGCGUCUUGACUGCCAGGUGGCUAUUAUGCAACAAGUAAUAUGAGUCCUACAGUGUCUGAAGCACAUGAACAGUAUUAAAGAUAUUGCAGGAACUUGAUUUAUUUUUUUGUAUGACGAAGGUUCUUUUUACUAUGAUAGUUCCAGAUUGAAUUGUCUGCCUUUGGAGAAACAUAUUAAAUAGAAAUUUAAAUUAGCAAUUUACUUGGUUUUAUGCAUUGUAGUAGAAGAUAUAUUUAACAAAUCUUUAGUACUGAUUAAAUGCCAGAUCAAGCAUUUGUACAUACACAAAACUAAAGUGGUCUAAAGCAUUACCAUUUAUAAUGGCUACAUUGAGUGCAUUUGUUAUCACUUUAGGAUAAACUUUUGGUAGCUGCAAACAAUAUGUACAGUUUAAUUUUUACACUGACAAAGUUUGUAUACAUACACAUUUGCCUUUUUUUUUUUUUUUAACUAUUUCUAUACACACACACACACACCUCACUAAAUGUGGAGUCAAUACUCCAGUUUGAAAAGCUAGGCCAAAACCGUAACAUUUGAUCAUUUUCUAGAAGAGAUAUUUUGGCAUUUACAUCAGUCAGCUUGCCUCAACUGUUAAGUUAAUAUGCCCCUUCUUUGCAUAUUGAUGGUAAUGGGGUGGGAUACAAUAGUAAGACAAUUUAAAAAAACUUGUGAUCCGGUGUUGCUUUUUAUAUAUUAAUAUAAUAUAUAAAAUUGGGUUUCAGUCAUAGUAUGCUGUUUACAGUUAACGAGUAUGUAUAACAAUUUUAAUAAGAAAAGGCACCGACACUGUUUCUGUAACAGAAUUUAUGGUACUUAAACUGCACAAUGCUGUGUUGUAAUAAAGUAUUUAUUACACAAGAGUAAGCCUUUUUGUGUGAAGUUUUUAUUUUAUUUUUUAAAUACAAAAAUAAAACAAAAUCAAGUAAACUGAUUGUAAAGAAAUAGUUUGACAACUGUUACUCAAAGCUGCAUGUUUCAGCCAAGUUACAUAGCUGAAAAGAGACUUGCGUCCAUCAAGUUCAGCCUUCCUCACAAAUGUUGUUGUUGAUCCAAAAGAAUACAAAAAGCCUGGUCUGAAGCGCUUCCAAUUUUGCCACAAACUAGGAAAAAAUUCCUUCUUGACCCCAAAAUAGCAGUCAGAUGUCUCCUUGGAUCAAGUUACUUGUAUCAAUGUGAUUGAAGCUUUAAUUUCUAUAUAUUUACAUACGUAUAUGACAUAACAUCCCCAUAGUUAGGACAGGAUCACACAUGUUUUGCAAUGAUGGUGAAUUCCCGGGUUUAAGGGUUUUAUCUAGGCAAGUUGCAUGCACAUAUUUGUUCUGUAUUUUUCUUAUAUAAUUGAAUUAAGUCAUUUCAGUGCAUGUCAUAUACAGACACAAGCCAUAUUGCACAUUGAGGCAGCGGUAUAUUUGAAAUGGGAAAAUAACCUGUUGUAAAGCAAGAAACGCGAGGAAUGGGGUUGCCACACAUUUCCUAUUAUCACAUGCUCUACCCGAUACUUGGUUGCCUAAGUACCUGUAUUAUUCCUCAUCAGAAUUCAAUAAUAAACACUAUACAACUGUAGCCUGCGUAAGACUGAAAACUGAUUUCUAGUUAGUACAGCUUCUUCUGUAAGUACAAUACACCUAUAUAAUAUACAGGUAGGGUUCACCCUUUUACAGUAUAUCCAGAUAGCUUUUCAUAGACUUUUAGGUCAUUGGCAGUGAGCGAUGGUUUCACACAUUGUAGAGAUUUUUGGAAAUGCUCCAAUUUCACUGACGUUGCCUGUAAUCCAUUCAUAUGUAAUGACAACAGGGCAGCCU